AUGUCACAACAUCAAGAUACAUCUGCUUCUAAAAAUACUAAGUCCACUCCAAAAGUUAGUGUUCCUCCCAUGGGCGUCCCUGAUGAUGAGAUUCUGGAUGUUGCUCAUCUCUCUAUUAUUCCCGCCGCGGACAUUGAUUUGAACCAACCCAUCUCCAUCGAUGCCUCCGCUUCUGCAUGUUCCAAUCAAGGUAAUCCCUCUAGUAUUCCAUCUGGUUCAACUCCUGUCACUAACUCUAAGGAAGGAACACACUAUACUGAUCGUGUUAUAAGAGACAUAGUUACUAGAAUUCUUAAUGAAGGCCACUCUGUGAAGGGGGUUUCUACUCCCUUUGCUCAAAUGUAUCCCCCUCCUAAGGUUGAACAACCUAGUGGUAAGGGUGAUGAUUCCUCCAGUUUUGAAAAGGACUUGGCUGCUGAAGGGUUGCACUCUCUAGGGCCAACCGUAUCUGACAAAGGCAAAUCUGUGGCCUCUAACAUUGCUAAUGCUUCCCACUCUGAAAAGCAUGAUGAUGCAAAUGUUGUGAUUGAUCUAGAGGAUGGUAGCUCUGAUGAUCAAGAGGAAAGCUUGAUUCAUCACAUAAGCCAAAAGAGGAAGGUCAGAGAUGAUUCUGAGCCUGAAGAGGAUGUUGAGGAAGAUGUCCCUGACAUCUUGACUGCGAAGAAAACUACUGUUAGGAAGUCUCCUGUUAAAGUACCUGCUGUUCAUUUGGAUAACAUCAUCUUCCAUCUUGAGGAUGGAGCUGCUAAGUGGAAAUUUGUGAUUCAGAGAAUGGUAGCUGUGGAAAGGGAAUUGGGAAAGGAUGUUGCUGAUGUCAAGGAGGUCAUGGACCUGAUACAAGCUGCUGGGCUUUUGAAGACUGUUGUUGGGUUCUCUCAAUGCUACGAAGGUUUAGUCAAGGAAUUUAUUGUUAAUAUUCCUGAGGAUAUUUCUGAUAAGAACAACAAGGAGUUCUGCAAGGUGUAUGUGAGGGGCAGAAAUAAUAAGGGUGCAGGAGAAUUAGAGGUCACAGACAAUCAGGUCUGUAGGGAGAUUACAGCUAAGCAGGUGAAAGUUUGGCCUUUUAAAAAGCAUCUUCCUGCUGGGAAGUUGUCUAUCAAGUAUGCCAUCCUGCAUAAAAUAGGAGCUGCUAACUGGGUCCCUACCAACCAUAUCUCCACCAUUGCUAAUACUCUUGGGAGGUUUAUUUUUGCUGUUGGGAGAAAAGUGAAAUUUGACUAUGGUAGAUAUAUGUUUGAUCAAAUCAUCAAGCAUGCAACUACUAAUGCAAUUAAGCUGCCAAUUUCUUUUCCCUCUAUGAUCUAUGGAAUUAUCUUGAAUCAACAUCCUGGUAUUCUAUGCUCAAAUGAUUUACCUAGUAGGAGCAAACCAACUUUGUCUGUGCACUACAAACUCUUUGAAGGCAGUCAUGUCGAGGAUAUUAUCAUGACAUCUGCCAUGAGGAGGCCAGUCUCAAAAGUUGGAGCAAUUGCUGAGCUUAAGGAGACAUGCAAAGAGCUAGGUGAAGGGAUUAGGGUAGCCACAGCUAGAAAACAAUCUUUAGAAGCCUUGAUUGAAAGCUUGGAGCAGGCUGAGGGUGAAAAUGUUGAUCAUACUAAUAUCAGCCAUGAAGAAGAAGCUGAAGCCCACACCUCUAGUGAGAGGUCUGCUAACAAUGAUGAUGCGAGUGGCAAUUCUGCUUCUGGUGCUGCUGAAGAGGCUGCAAACUCAAGCUCUACUGAGUAG